UGAAUCGUUUGUUUGCUACUACUAGCAUGUCAUACACCAUCACUUAGGCUAGUUAUGUUUAAUGUUAUCAUUUGUGUACGUUGUGUAACUAAUAUGGGACCGCUGUCAAACGCCACGGUAAGAUAUAUCAUAUAGUUAUCUUACAGUAUAGUGGGGAAACAUAUGGUAGGAUAGUGACGCAUGUUUACAACAGGCUUUAUCUUGACGUCGACAGCAGGUUAGCUUGUAGGCUAACGUUGGCUUGACAACAAUAGCAUGUGCUGAGAAAUAGAAAGAAAGAAGAGAGUUGAAAACGCCCCAGGACCUCAGGUUUGACCUCAAGUUGGGUGCAGUUUAUCCCACUAUGUUGGUGACAGCAUAUCUUGCCAUCAUCGUCCUGCUUGCCCUGUGUGUUGGCCUGGAGCUCACAGCCCGCCGCCUCACCCCACCUCAGUCUACUCCCUCUGCUGUAGCCAACCCAGUCUUCCGUCGCUUCCAGAGUAUAUUCCUCAGAGCAUACCUAUUGGCUUUGUGGGCAGACUGGCUCCAGGGUCCUUACCUCUACAAACUGUACCGCCACUACAGUUUCCUGGAAUCCCAAAUAGCCAUCUUAUAUGUGUGUGGCUUGGCCUCCUGUGUCCUGUUUGCUCCCAUUUCAGGCUGGCUCCCUCAAGUCUUGGGCCGCAGACAGACAUGUCUUCUCUUCUGCCUGUCCUACUCUGCUUGUUGUCUCACCAAGCUGUCCAGAGACUACUUUGUUUUGAUUUUGGGCCGCAUCCUGGGGGGUCUGUCCACAUCCCUGCUCACCACCACAUUUGAAGCCUGGUACGUGCACCGCCAUGUAGACGUCCACGAUUUCCCCAAGGAGUGGAUCCCCAGUACCUUCACCAAAGCUGCUACCUGGAAUCAUGGGCUCGCUGUGGGAGCAGGGCUAGUGGCUAACUUGCUGGCUGAGUGGCUCCACCUGGGGCCAGUGGCGCCCUUUCUCCUGGCCGUCCCCUGCUUGGUGUGCUGUGCCUGGGUGGUGAUAGUAGACUGGGGCAAGGAAGAGGCCGAAGCAGGUCCUGAAGGGGACAAACAAAAACUGCCUCUUGGUACCCCAAAUGGAGGUGUGACCCGUUUGUCUGCAAGGGCCCGUUUCUCACGCAGCUGCCAUGAUGGGUUGCGCUGCCUGCUGUCAGACAAGAGAGUCAUGCUCUUAGGUGGCGUGCAGGCUCUGUUUGAAAGUGUCCUCUACAUUUUUGUUUUCCUGUGGACCCCGGUACUGGACCCUCAUGGGCCUCCUUUGGGAAUAGUGUUCUCUUGCCUUAUGGCUGCCAGCAUGGCCGGCUCCUUGCUCUACCGCCUCGCCACCUCCACACGCUACAGGCUACAGCCUGGCCAUGUUCUCUGCCUGGCUGUGCUGAUGGCCUUCUUCUCCCUGUUCAUGCUGACCUUCUCCACUACCCCAGGCCAACCGAGACCUCAUGAAUCCUUCUUGGCCUUCCUGCUGCUGGAGUUGGCCUGUGGGCUCUACUUCCCUGCAGUCAGUUUUCUCCAGAGCAGGGUGAUCCCAGAGGAGAAGCGGGCCAGUGUGAUGGCCUGGUUCCGACUGCCUCUGCACCUGCUGGCCUGCCUAGGGCUGCUGGCGCUUCAUGGGGAGAUAUCAGGAACAGGUGGAGGGGAGGAGGGCAGCGGCACCAGACACAUGUUCGGAGGCUGUGCAGUUAUGAUGCUGGCAGCAUUGAUGGCUGUAGUCAGUCUGUUCACUCUGGGCAGAAACGACACAGACCUGAGACUGGAAGAAACCUCAGGGGAGGGAGAGAUGUUCUGAGGAGAUGGACCACAUAUUAAUUUAUGCUCGACUGGUUUCGAAUGUAAUGUGCCAGUUUUGUGUGACUGCAAGUAGAGAGCUUGUGUGUUCCACUGGAAUAGUUUAUAUUUUGCCAAAAUGCAUCAGUGAAGAAAAUCAAAGUCCAAAGGGGGUGUUUUGUUAGAUUCAAAUUCAGUUGAAAUUUCUUUUUGUUUUUAAAUAUGUUACCUUGUUACUUCUGUGUUAUUUUUUUGGGAGAGACUUUUACUGAUCAUGUCUAUGAAGAAAUGCUUUGGGAACAUGGCCAUAUCAAUCAUAUAUCAAGUAAACUGUCCAAAACUCUUGUAUCAUUCCAUAAACUAUGCCAGAUAAAAUGUUAUUGCCUCAUUGUGUCCACCUAUAGGGAGAUUGGGUGAUGUGUUUGACAGAAUAUAAUUAAUUUCCCAUGUAUCCCCAUGAGGAUCAGUAAUAGUAGUUCCAUCACAGGUUUAAAAACAGUCAUGAUGAAGAGAGUUUACAGAGAGCUCAAUGAAUAUACAAAGAAAUAAGGUCAUGACUCGCAUGUAGAACAGUAUCUGAAUGUCAGUUCUUGCAGUACUUCUGUAUGUUGUUGUUUUUCUCCAGCAUCUGUAUUUUUUAUUGAAAUGAGAAAUCUACAGUUGGUCAGUUUUACUUUGAAUGCUUUUUCUGCACCAUAAUUCAGGAUAUUUUCUCUGUAUUGUCUUCACAUUUCUGUGCUCUUUACACUUUUAAAUAAAAGUGUACAUAUUGUACAUAAUGAAUAUUUA